AUGGUGGCUGAAGUUGGUUCCAUGCCCGCUGCCUCUGCUGCGAAGAAGCCAUUUGAUCUCAGGAGCAAGAUGGGCAAGUGGUGCCGCCACCGCUUCCCCUGCUGCGGGGGGAGCGGCAGGAGCAGCGUGGGCACUUCUGGAGACCAUGACGACUCCUUUAUGAAGACGUUCAGGAGCAAGAUGGAUAAGUGCAAGAUGGAUAAGUGGUGCUGCCACUGCUUCCCCUGCUGCGGGGGGAGCGGCAAGAGCAACGUGGGCACUUCUGGAGACCAUGACGACUCCUUUAUGAAGACGCUCAGGAGCCAGAUGGGCAAGUGGUGCCGUCACUGCUUCCCCUGCUGCAGCGGGAGCGGCAAGAGCAACGUGGGCGCUUGGGGAGACUACGACGACAGCGCCUUCAAGGAGCCGAGGUACCACCUCUGUCGAGAAGAUCUGGACAAGCUCCACAGAGCUGCCUGGUGGGGUAAAGUCCCCAGAAAGGAUCUCAUCGUCAUGCUCAGGGACACUGACGUGAACAAGAGGGACAAGCAAAAGAGGACUGCUCUACAUUUGGCCUCUGCCAAUGGAAAUUCAGAAGUAGUAAAACUCCUGUUGGACAGACGAUGUCAACUUAAUGUCCUUGACAACAAAAAAAGGACAGCUCUGAUAAAGGCCGUACAAUGCCAGGAAGAUGAAUGUGCGUUAAUGUUGCUGGAACAUGGCACUGAUCCAAAUAUUCCAGAUGAGUAUGGAAAUACCGCUCUACACUAUGCUAUCUACAAUGAAGAUAAAUUAAUGGCCAAAGCACUGCUCUUAUACGGUGCUGAUAUUGAAUCAAAAAACAAGUAUGGCCUCACACCACUUUUGCUUGGCGUACAUGGACAAAAACAGCAAGUGGUGAAAUUUUUAAUCAAGAAAAAAGCUAAUUUAAAUGCACUUGAUAGAUAUGGAAGGACUGCUCUCAUACUUGCUGUAUGUUGUGGAUCAGCAAGUACAGUCAGCCUUCUACUUGAGCAAAAUAUUGAUGUAUCUUCUCAAGACCUAUCUGGACAGACGGCUAGAGAGUAUGCUGUUUCCAGUCAUCAUAAUGUAAUUUGUGAAUUACUUUCUGACUAUAAAGAAAAACAGAUGCUAAAAAUCUCUUCUGAAAACAGCAAUCCAGAACAAGACUUAAAGCUGACAUCAGAGGAAGAGUCGCAAAGGCUUAAAGUCAGUGAAAAUAGCCAGCCAGAGAAAAUGUCUCAAGAACCAGAAAUAAAUAAGGACUGUGAUAGAGAGGUUGAAGAAGAAAUGGAGAAGCACGGAAGUAAUCAUGUGGGAUUACCAGAAAACCUGACUAAUGGUGCCACUGCUGGCAAUGGUGAUGAUGGAUCAAUUCCACAAAGGAAGAGCAGAACACCUGAAAAUCAGCAAUUUCCUGACACUGAGAAUGAAGAGUAUCACAGUGACAAACAAAAUGAUACCCAGAAACAACUUUCCGAAGAGCAGAACACUGGAAUAUCACAAGAUGAGAUUCUGAUGAAUAAACAAAAGCAGAUAGAAGUGGCUGAAAAGAAAAUGAAUUCUGAGUUUUCUCUUAGUCAUAAGAAAGAAGAUCUCUUGCAUGAAAACAGCAUGUUGCAGGAAGAAAUUGCCAUGCUAAGACUGGAACUAGAUGAAAUAAAACAUCAGAACCAGCUAAGGGAAAAUAAAAUUUUUGAGGAAAUUGAAAGUGUGAAAGAAAAGACUGGUAAACUUCUAGAGGCUAUAAAAUUGAAUGCAGAAGCAUUAACAAAAAUCAACAUUUAA